AUGGCUUUUCUGAAGAAGGGCUUCCCAGCCCAGAUGCUUUUCCUCAUCACUCUCGUGGUGUGCUUUAUUGGCAGCGCAACUGCUGAUUUAGCCUCCUGGGACGACGUUCUUGAUGUUCGUGGAAUCGAGGACAUUGAUUAUGACACAUUCGACCUGCAGCGUCGAGAUGAAGAAGAGGGCUAUCUCGAAGUCCGCGGCGGCAACACUCCUCCUGUCUCACCCCUGACCAGCACGCCGCCUGGCAGCCCCCGACCCGUUUCCCCUCUGUCACGACACAGCAGCACCAAGUCCAAUGAUCGAAAGGAUGCCGGUAGUGGCAGCAAGUCUGGCGGAGGUCUUCAUCGAUCUAAUGCUGUUAGACGCAAGAAGAACACGAAGCGAUCUAACACCCCUCCCGUCUCGCCUCUGACCAGCACGCCACCUGGCAGCCCUCGACCUGUCUCUCCUCUAUCUCGCCACAGCAGCACCAAGUCAAACGACCGAAAGGACGCUGGCAGUGGUAGUAAGUCUGGCGGAGGUCUACACCGAUCAAACGCCGUUCGACGCAAGAAGAACACGAAGCGAUCAAACACUCCUCCCGUCUCACCUUUGACUAGCACCCCGCCUGGAAGCCCUCGUCCCGUCUCCCCUCUCUCCCGCCACAGCAGCACUAAAUCGAACGACCGAAAAGACGCUGGCGGUAGCGGUGCCAAGUCAGGAGGUCUGCACCGAUCAAACGCUGUUCGACGCAAGAAGAACACAAAGCGAUCCAACACUCCUCCCGUCUCACCUUUGACCAGCACCCCGCCUGGAAGCCCUCGUCCCGUCUCCCCUCUCUCCCGCCACAGCAGCACCAAGUCGAACGACCGAAAAGACGCCGGUGGAAGCGGUGCGAAGUCAGGAGGCUUGCACCGAUCAAACGCGAUUAGACGCAAGGGCCCAAAAACCUCCAAGCGAUCGUUUUAA